GUCCAUUUCCCCUUGUUGCUUCCCCAAAAGCAAAAGGCAUGAAGAAAAAAAAGACCACAAAGAAACUACCCCGAAACAAGCAUCAGAGGAUUCAGAACGCGCCUUUCAAAUUUAAACCCAAUUACUCCUACUUCCACCAACAGCUGAAGAGGAACAGCUCUCUCCCUCCCAAUUUCUCAUGGCCGGAUCAUCAUGGUUGGUAGAUGGUAAUAGAUUUGCGACAAAAAUCAAGAGUGCGUCUGGCACGACGAAUCCCGGAAGAUUGGAAUGGGAAAGCAACCCUACUAGACCUUGUCCAAGUUGCCAACAUCUGAUUGAUAAUAGUGAUGUUGCUCAAAUGUGGCCAGGAUUGCCCAGAGGUGUAAAAUUUGAUCCUUCAGAUCAAGAGAUCAUUCUACAUUUACUUGCAAAAGUUGGCAUUGGGGAACCAAAGCCUCACCCUUUUAUUAAUGAGUUUAUUCCAACAGUUAGUGAGGAUGAUGGCAUUUGUUAUACUCAUCCACAAAAACUACCAGACGUGAAGAAAGACGGUAGCACAUCCCAUUUCUUUCACAGAGCAAUCAAGGCUUACAACACCGGGACUCGAAAGCGUCGCAAGAUAAAUGAUGCUGAUUUCGGCGAUGUCCGCUGGCACAAGACAGGGAAGACCAAACCUGUCAUGUUGGAUGGGGUACAAAGAGGGUGUAAGAAGAUUAUGGUUCUAUACAUGAGCUCUGUUAAAGGGGGGAAGUCUGAGAAAACAAAUUGGGUUAUGCAUCAAUAUCACCUUGGAAUGGACGAGGCCGAAAAGGAUGGAGAGUACGUCAUUUCAAAGAUAUAUUACCAGCAGCAGCAACAAAUGAAUAUAAGUGACCAAUCUUAUCAAGAUAUUCCUGAAGGUAAUGAUGCAGGUACUAUAAAGAUCGAUCCAGUUACUCCCAAAUCUGUAACUCCUGGGCCCCCUCGAAUGGAAGGGAAGAACUAUGUGAUCUUUGACCGGGGACAGAAUGUCGCUUGGAUAGAUCAUUUGGAUCAGCAUGCUGAGGCCGGGUUUGCAAACAAUAUUCCAACCGAAUAUGAUAACAUGGAUCACAGCGAACAAGUGAAAGAGGAAGAUCACAAUGGAGAGAAAGUAAAAUGGUGGGAUGGCGAGUCACAAGAUCUAUUGGAUUCACAACAACUCGUCGAGGCAUUGUCGCUAUGUGACGACCUCCUUCAAAGCCAGUCGCCCAAAAAUGCCAAUAACGGGCAUGGAGCGUCUAAUAGCAAAGCCAUCCUUCUUGACUACGCUAACCUGGGAUCAGAGCACCUAAAGAAGGAUUUGGAGGCGUGUCAGAACUAUGUACUCAAUCCCAUGCAUAUAGAACUCGACACACCUCCCGAUUUUCGACUUAGCGAACUUGAAUUCGAAUCGGAAGACAGUUAUUUAGCUUGGGGUGGCACUGGUUGAUCAAUAGCUUGGAGCUGGAAUUUCAAGUCUUUUUACAAUCUCAUGGGAGAGUUUUCUAAAAAAGAUAUCAGCAAUUUGUAUAAAGUGUGUGAUUUUGUAUAAAUUUGAAACUGCAAAUGAGAUAGUGUAUAAGUUUUAGUUCCAACAGAAUAGCCCCAACAAAAUUUUGUAUCUUGAUGAAUAACUUAGUGUGGGAACUAGCUUGAUUCCACAAGAGGAUCUUCUGAUUUUUCUUUGACAGAUCAAAAGAAAAAAGAAAAAGGAAAAUCUGAAUUGAUUCUCAUGUUGGAAAUGUUCGUGAAAAUGGGCCAAUCUUUUAAAGUUGGGAUUUGAAGUG